AUGACAUACGUGACGCUCAAAGAACGCAACAAGCUUUUUAAAGGGACUGAAAAUAUACGUACACUGUCACAGCACCCUUUUUCCUCCAGUCAAUUGCAGUCUUUGGCUCAAUACCCGUGGAAUCAAAUUCUAGCCCAUUUGUUGGUCGGGCAGCUUUGCCUUGGGUCUUCAGCAGGUCCCGGAAUUCUUGUUGGGUCAUGUCGGCAAACUGUGUUACCUCCAUAGAGUAACUCACCUCACCCGACUCGUAUUUUUUAUUGUGUUCUUGGAU